AUGGAAAGUCUUCAUGCCAGUCACCAAGGGAUCGAUGCAACUCUGAGAAGGGCGAGAGAAACCAUGUACUGGCCAAAUAUGAAUGCGUAGAUCAAAGAUUAGGCCAAUGAAAAUUGAUAUCAUGUUUCUCGUCCACAAUUUUCAAAAAUUUGGAGCGGAAUUUUUUCAUUUUACAUUUUUAAUUAUUUUUUGUAUUUGAAUUCUGCUUGUCAAUAAUUUCCUUGACCCAGUAAAAAAGCCCAUAAAAAUCUGAAGUACUAAAACUUGGUGUAUAAUUCAUUUUAAUUGAAUACGUCCUACACUACAAUCUACAGACUACUGUAUAUUUCUUUACAUACCAGGGCUGACAUGAAAAAUAGAGGCAUUCUGGCGAGUAAUAUCUUUAGAAAGAUACAAUUUGAGUUGCGCUUGCGGAAUGCAGCAAUAAGACUUUGAUCUGGAGAUGAAUUUGUUGUUUUUUAAGCUUAUUUUUCAAAAAUAAUGAAUAAUGAAAAUUUUUCGUGCGGCAGAUAAAUCCCAUGCGGGCGGGGACGAGAAAGAAGAUAUCAAUCUUCAUUGGCCUUAUGUGAAAAAAUGCGACUUAUGUUGUAGUAUUGGGCCUAAGCAAUCAAAAGAAACACUCAUCAGUCACGAAGUUCCUGACCGGCCAUGGGGAAAGAUCGCCACAGAUUUGUUCGAGUUCGAUGGCAAGGAGUAUUUGGUAACAGUUGAUUAUUUCUCGAUUUUUUUCGAGAUUGACCGCUUCUACAGUACGAAGGCCGUAUCCGUUAUUCGAAAGCUCAUGGUGCACUUGGCACGGUAUGGCAUUCCUGAAGAAUUAAUAAGUGAUCAAGGUCCUCAGUUUACCUCUGGAGAAUUCAAGAAUUUCUGUGCGAGUUAUGGAAUGAAGCAUACCAUGACUAGCCCGCAUUAUCAUCAGGCAAAUGGAAUGGCCGAAAAUGCUGUUAAACAAGCUAAACGAGUCCUGAAAGUAGCCAAGAUGUCUGGACGAGACCCACAUUUAGCUUUGUUGGACCUCAGAAAUACUCCUCAAGAAGGUUUCAGUUCAAGCCCAGCACAGCGAUUGAUGAGCAGGCGGACCGAAACUGUUUUGCCAAUUUCGAAAGGUUUGCUAAAACCAGCAGUUAUUGAAAACACGAAACAGCAAAGAAGAGCGCGUCAAGAACGACAGAAGAAAUUUUACAACCGAGAAGCAAGAGAUUUACCAGCAUUGGCUGCAGGUGACCAAGUAUGGAUACAGCCAGUCAAAGUUGGGGAUCGAGAAUGGAAGAAAACCGUUUUAAGAGAAGCGGGUAUCAGGUCCUAUGAAGUCGAAACAGAGAAUGACCGAACAUCUAUUCGGAAUUGAAGACAUUUGAAGGAAGCAAAAUCAAGAUCUGCAAAUGGCGAUGAUUAUCAACAGAUCCAAGAAUUACCUAAAACACCUGAAGUUGCCGAGCGGGGAUCAAGCGGGUUUGAUGGAGAAACAGAUCCUAUUCCCGAGCUUAUUCCUGAUCCAGAUCGAGGCGUCCAAAGCAGUACUGAGUCUGGUAUGCUGUCUGGUGACAUGAGAGACAAUAUAAUCACUCGAACGCGGAGUGGUAGAAUUAGUCAAAGACCGAAGUAUUUGGACGAUUAUAGUACCUAGUGGGAUCAUAAACGUUUACUUAUUUAUCAGAUAAAUAGACAAUAACGAUAGAAUCUCUUUUUCUAUGAAAGGGAGGAUGUUGCAAUAUUCAUAAAAAACAUUCAAGAAAAUAUUUGCAUGGAUGUAUAAUUAGUUAGUAGCCUAUUUAAGCCAAGUAAAUAUUUUGUAUAUAGGUUUUUUACUAGUUGGCUAAAUAAAUCGAAGUACGUUGUAGCUGGUUUGUGGGCUUUCUGUCAUUUAACGAAACAGAAGCCUCAUUCAAUUUUUCCUUUGCCAAGGUCAACAAAGCCAAUUAGCUCAUUAGUCUGUUUGUCAAACACUAAUUUUGACUGAAUCUUCAUCUCAUCGAAGCUUAGCAUGACAUAUCUUUGAAUGUCAAAGUAGUCCUUUGAAUGUUCUUUUAGCCCUGAAAAAAUUACGAUAGUCUUGUAAUGUUCUCUGACUUGGCAAAACCAAAAUUCCAGAAUUCUUUAGCCCCUUAUAUGCUGCUGGUGACUUUGCAUGCAAGGAAAGACAAAAUCGUAUGACGUGGGGAUAUCUUCUUCCAAACUUCUGACUAGCAAGGCAGGCAGGCAAUACUUUAUUUAAAAUUAACAAAAAAGGAACACGCUAGCCCCAUUAACUCUGGGCUGAUUUGCAUGAGGGGCGUGUUAAAUAUUAAAAAUGUUUGAAAAUAAAUAAAUAUAUCUAAAUACUAUAUAUACACACUUUUCUAUAUACAAAUGUAUGCAUCAUUUGCAUCAAAUGUAUGCAUCUAAACGAGUGAAGAGAACUUGCUAGUUUCGCUUCAUUUGGGAGCUGAUUCCAGUGCAAAGCACCACUAUAUUUAAAGCUUUUUUUCAAAAGUUCUCUUUUUGGCUUAGGUAAUGUAAGGCCUGUUGCAGUAUUGCAGAGAUUGUAAUUAGUUUGAUCCAUUUCUCUUCCCACAAAAGACCCCCGAAGAGCCGGCGCAGUGUGGUCAUUAUGUAUUUUAUACGUCAAUACUGACUUGGCACCAGAACGUUUAUUUUCAAGAGUGUCCCACAAGAGCGAGUUAAUCGACCGAGACUCAUAAUUAGCACCCGUUAGAACCCUCACUGCCCAAGUAACUUAAUUUCUUUGUUGUUCCCAAAACACUUUCAUAUGAGGUGUCACUUCUGAAUUGUUGUUAGCAUAUAUGUCCAAAAGAUCUUUCUCAAGUGCUUCAUUUACAGAGAUACUGUUUUUUUUCAAUUUCUGAUUACAGCUGCUUUACUCUUUCUUCUAGUUGCUUACGAACAAUUGUUGCUCCUGAACUGUUGCAACCAACCUUUCUUUGCCAGUAGCAGUAAGUGGUGCUUUGCUUGGAACUGGCCAAACUUCUUUGGCUGCUUUUGCCUUUAGUGACUUUUGCAGUGAUUGUUUCUGCUGUUGAAGAUGUGGAUGUUUCUGCUGUUGCGAAUGUGGAUAUUUCUGCUGUUGCGCAUGUUUCUGCUGUUGCAAAUGUUUCUGCCGUUGCAGACGCUCAUAUCUCUGCUCUUGCAGAUGUGGAUGUUUCUGCUGCUGCAAAUGUGGAUGUUUCUGCCAUUGUGGAUAUGCAUAUUUCUGCUCUUGCUGAUGUGGAUGUUUCUGCUGUUGUGGAUAUUUCUGCUCUUGCGGAUGUUUCUGCUGCUGUGGAUGUUUCUGGUGUUGAAGAUGUGGAUGUUUCUGCUGUUGCAGAUGUGCAUGUUUCUGCUAUUGCGAAUGUGGAUUUUUCUGCUGCUGUGGAUGUUUCUGCUGGUGUGGAUGUUUCUGCUGUUGCAGAUGUGGAUGUUUCUGCCAUUGCGGAUAUGGAUAUUUCUGCUCUUGGCGAUGUGGAUGUUUCUGCUGUUGUGGAUGCGGAUAUUUCUGCUCUUGCGGAUGUGUCCGUUACUGUGGAUGUUUCUGCUGUUGAAGAUGUGGAUGUUUCUGCUGUUGCACAUGUUUGUGCUGUUGCACAUGUUUCUGCUGUUGCAAAUGUGGAUGUUUCUGCCGUUGCUCAUAUUUCUGCUCUUGUAGAUGUGGAUGUUUCUGCAGAUGUGAAUGUUUUUGCCGUUGCAAAUGUCCAUAUUUCUGCUGCUGUGGAUGUUCCUGCUGUUGCAGAUGUGCAUGUUUCUGUUGUUGCGGAUGUUUCUGCUGUUUCGUUCUCAAGUGCUUCAUUUACAGAGAUACUGUUUUUUUUCAAUUUCUGAUUCCAGCUGAUUUACUCUUUCUUCUAGUUGCUUACGAACGAUUGUUGCUCCUGAACUGUUGCUUGGAACUGGCCAAACUUCUUUGGCUGCUUUUGCCUUUAGUGACUUUUGCAGUGAUUGUUUCUGCUGUUGAAGAUGUGGAUGUUUCUGCUGUUGCGAAUGUGGAUAUUUCUGCUGUUGCGCAUGUUUCUGCUGUUGCAAAUGUUUCUGCCGUUGCAGAUGCUCAUAUCUCUGCUCUUGCAGAUGUGGAUGUUUCUGCUGCUGCAGAUGUGGAUGUUUCUGCCAUUGUGGAUAUGCAUAUUUCUGCUCUUGCUGAUGUGGAUGUUUCUGCUGUUGUGGAUAUUUCUGCUCUUGCGGAUGUUUCUGCUGCAGUUGCAGAUGUGCAUGUUUCUGCUGUUGCAGAUGUGCAUGUUUCUGCUAUUGCGAAUGUGGAUUUUUCUGCUGCUGUGGAUGUUUCUGCCAUUGCGGACAUGGAUAUUUCUGCUCUUGGCGAUGUGGAUGUUUCUGCUGUUGUGGAUGCGGAUAUUUCUGCUUUUGCGGAUGUGUCCGUUGCUGUGGAUGUUUCUGCUGUUGAAGAUGUGGAUGUUUGUGCUGUUGCGCAUGUUUGUGUUGUUGCGCAUGUUUCUGCUGUUGCAAAUGUGGAUGUUUCUGCCGUUGCAGAUGCUCAUAUUUCUGCUCUUGCAGAUGUGGAUAUUUCUGCAGAUGUGAAUGUUUCUGCCGUUGCAAAUGUCCAUAUUUCUGUUGCUGUGGAUGUUCCUGCUGUUGCAGAUGUGCAUGUUUCUGUUGUUGUGCAUGUUUCUGUUGCGGAUGUUUCUGCUGUUGCGAAUGUUUCUGCUGUU